AUGACGUCUCACACCAACGCAAAUCCCAGCUCCAGUUCACCUAAACGCAAAAUAGCUCAAAGCUCUUCUGAUCGCCUCUCUAAGAUACCUAAGCUCAAAGUACCAGGCAAUACCCCCACUGAUCCCUCUCAACCAAACCAUUCCCGCUCCAGAAAUUUGCCGCAAUCCAUUUCCACCGACAACAAACAUGUUCAUCAUCGUCAUCAUCACGAACAUCAUCCACAUCAUGGAUUCAUUCAUCCACCCCAAGAUUCCACUUUAUUUUCCCCUACAAAUACAAGCUCUGCUCUCCCAAGCUUAACUUUAGGCGAAGGUGUAAUUCCACCUUUCACAUCCCCCACUGUCCCUCUCUCACAGAGUCAACCAUUCUCCGAUCAAGACACACCAACCGAGAUUGAAGACGCCGCGGGAUUAGGUGCCCCACCAAAUUUGGCAAAUGAUUUGGAAGAGGCAUUGAUGGAAGAAGUGGAGAAAAAUCCAGGGCUGACACAAGGGCUUAGAAUCGAGGGUCUCGCUUCUCAGGGCAAUGGAGGGAGUAAUUUGACACCGGAAGAAGUGGGUUUUGAUAUUGACGUGGAUAUCAAUCAUGAUAAAGACGAAAUCACAUGGGAGAGCGAUGAGGAAGAUAAUGAAGAACCUUCAACCAGAGAUAAGGAUAAAGAAUGCGUAGAAUCGUCUGUUUCCUCCGAAUCCGAUUCUCGCCAUUCAUCUGAUUCAGGAUAUGAUGAAACGGCGGCGCUUCCAGUUUCGGAUACAAAUAUGGAUACAGGACCAGAAUACGAUGAGGGAUAUGUGGAGGGCGGAGGGGACAGUAAUGGCGUUGAUGCCUCUGCCGAAAUUGACUGGAAUGACAUGUCGAAUGAUAUUGAUGCUGAUCCUUACGCUGGGGUUGAGGCAAAAAUACCAGGCGAAAAUGAUGUGCAAAUGAAUUCUGGUGGUGUGUACGGGGAGUGGAAUAGUGGAAACGCAGAGUGGGCUGACGUGGUAUCUCUAGAGCCUGAGGAAGAUGAGGCUGUGGACGGAUAUGAAGGAACUGGAAAUGGGGUACAAAAAAGUGGUGAGAACGAUGUCUGGUGGUUAAACGAAGGUUGA